CUCAUAAACAAAAUAUAGAAUGAAAAUUGAAUGCAAGAGAUUGUGGAAAAUGAGAUAAAAUAUAAAUAUAAGUAAAUACGGUGCCGUUGAAGAUGUGUAGUUUAAGUCCUCAAGUCCGUUUGUUAGCAAAUCUAAGGGUCACAAGAAGAGCUAUUGGGCCGUUUUGUGGGGUUACCUCCAAACUUCAUGCAAGGAAUCUUUCUUCUGUUCUUUGUGUUUCUUCAAUACGGAUAAAGAAUGUUCGUUGUUAUGGAACGGUUCUUGAAGGGAAGACAGUCAGGAUUGGAUGUGCUUCGGGUUUUUGGGGAGAUUCAGCUUGUGCGGCUCCUCAGCUUGUUCGUGGAGGUAACGUGGAUUACAUAAUGUUUGAUUACCUCUCUGAAAUCACCAUGUCGCUGUUGACUGCAGCAAAACACAAAUCACCUGUACUUGGUUACACUCCAGAUUUCAUUGAUGUAGCAAUAACACCACUAAUCAAAGAAAUAAAAGAGAAAGGGAUUCGUUUGAUCAGCAAUGCAGGAGGUGUCAACCCAGAAGCAUGUGCUAGAGCUGUAAAGAAAGCAGCAAAGUCUCAAGGAGUUAAUGUCAAGAUUGCAGUGGUGUUGGGAGAUGAUAUGAUUAAUAGAAUAGAUGAAGUGACCCAAGCUAAUGUCAAAGAAUUACAGUCAGGACAGGAUUUUCCAGCUGGAGUUGUCAGCAUGAAUUCAUAUUUGGGUGCUAUGCCUAUUGCCAGAGCACUUGAUCUUGGUGCUGAUAUAGUGAUUACUGGUAGAUGUGUGGACAGUGCACUAGCCUUAGGACCACUCAUUCAUGAGUUUGGAUGGCAGCCACAUGACUAUGAUCUCUUGGCGGCUGGAAGCUUGGCAGGUCACUUGAUUGAGUGUGGUGCUCAGUGUACUGGUGGCAUAUCUACUGACUGGCAAGUUGUUUCUGACUGGGAGAAUAUAGGAUAUCCUAUUGCAACUUGUUCAGCUGAUGGUAGAUGUAUCAUCAGCAAACCUCCUGGUACUGGUGGCUUGGUGUCACCAACUACUGUCGGAGAACAAUUAAUCUACGAGAUAGGGGAUCCAACACAAUACAUCCUACCUGAUGUCAUCUGCAAUUUCUCACAAGUUACAUUACAGUCCCUCAUUGGGUAUGAAGGUGGUGGGGUACUUGUACAAGGUGCGCAAGGGGAGCCACCCACAGACAUGUAUAAGGUUUGUGCAACCUAUGCUGAUGGCUACAGGGCAACUGCUGUCUGUCCUGUAGGCGGUCCCUUUUCGUCACUCAAAGCGAAGAAAGUAGGCAAGACUAUUAUUAACAGGACCAGCCGCAUGUUCAAAGAAAUGGGACUUGAAGACUACACAAGAACACACGUCCAGGUGCUUGGAUCAGAAGAGACUUACGGGAGACACUCAUUUCCGAGUGUCAUGUCCGCUGGUCCCAGAGAGGCAGUUCUGUGGCUAGCAGUGCAUCACCAACAAAAACAUGCUUUAAACAUUUUUGCUCGAGAAAUCGCCUCAGCUGGCACGAGUAUGGCUCCUGGCUUUACCACUAUUGUCGGAGGCCGACCAAAAGCGUCUCCACUUCUCCGACUUUUCUCUUUCCUGUACCCCAAAAGCAAAUUCAAGACUGAAAUUUAUAUGGAUGACGAACUUGUAGAAGCCUUGGAUUACGUUGUGCCUUCUAAAGUAACUAAACUAACAGAAGCGAGUGUUCCGAGAACUCAAGUCGUUCCUGCCAGGAUAAGAAUGCCCAAAGGCCGCUGCACUUUUCCACUGAGCUCGCUGGCUGUAACAAGAAGUGGUGAUAAAGGCAACAGUGUUAACAUAGGAGUGAUAGCUCGACACCCUUCUUACGUACCAUUUUUACGAAGAGCACUCACAGAGGAGGCUGUAGAAGAGUACUUUAUUCAUCUAUUUGAUGGCAAACCAAGCGAUGGAAAGUGUCGUGUCAAGAGGUACGAACUUCCAGGCAUCAAUGCCUUUAACUUUGUAUUAGACGAUGCACUUGGUGGUGGAGGAGUGACUUCAUUGAGAAGUGAUCCUCAAGGAAAGGCCCUGGGACAAAUGCUGUUGGAUUUCAAGAUCAAAAAUGUACCAGACAUUCUUCCAUCUAUUAUAGAACCAACUUUAUAAUGUAAUGAUUUCACUAAAGCAAAGCUUAAACUAUUGAAACGAAACUCUCAAAACACCUCUUUUUCUCGUGUUUCCUUAUGUUUUUCUCAACCUUAACAAUUGCCAAUCGUAAAAACCCAACUUAAAAGAAUUUUUUAGGGUCAGCACUCUAUGUUUGGAACAAGUCUUUUGUUUUCAGGAAAUAUAAGAGUUAGACCUAGAAGUAGGAUUAGUAGGUUAUGGCUUUGGACCAAGUCCAUCCCAGGAAAGUACCUACCACUAUGAUGAAACGUUAAGUAUAUCUUUUCCACCAACAAGAACGGUAAUUUACUUUUAUUAAAACUGACAAAAAUGA